AUAACAGGUUCUGUCAAUUGCUAGACAUCAAAGAGCGCGCCUUAAAAACAAGAGCAAUUUAUUUAAUUACAUUUUCCUUGAAGAUUAUUAAAAAAUAACUGUCGAAUCACAAAAAUGACUAUAGAAGAGGACAUGGAAUCAUUUCGUGUAUGGGCUACCAAACUCGGUUGCCCUCCGGAAGCCAUGCCCAGCGAAGAUGCCUUAAAGUCAGUUUUCAAAUCUCGCCAGCGCGAUCUCUUUUGCAAUCUAAUGCGCCGUGUACGACCGCGCCAAGAGGUCAAGGAUAUUAAGGAAAAUAUAUUGAUACACAAGGUCGAAAAGAUCAAAGGGCAAGUUUUGUCGGUUUGUGAAAGAUCCUUUUUACCGCAAGAAUUGCAAAUGCAUCUCAAAGUUCAGGAUGUGCGCAAAAAGCUUAAAGAUAUGGAACAACGCCUUGAGGAACGCAAAAAAGAAUUUGAAGCGCAGGCAGCUUCAAUAAAGACAAAAAAUAUACAAAUUGCAAAUAUGGAACACAAAUGUGAUCUCCUGGAGGCAAGGGUACAUCUGUUGGAUUUCAAGUCUAAAUCAUUGGAUAAAAACAUAAAACGAGAAGAAGCCAAUCGGGAUAAAAUUAAAGCAACAAUGCCUGUUGUGUUGACCCAUGAGAAUAAAAGUGAACAGAAAGCAAACGAAGCAGUGCUUAAGGCUUUAAAGGAACUUGAAGAUUUCUAUACGUUCUGUGAACAAAAUACGAAUUAUCAAGUGUUACAGGAUGCCAAGACACAGUUAUGGUCAAAAAUGCGUCAAAUAUUUGCCAAUAUUCCGAAUUUUCUUAUUUUCAAUACCAUCAUACGUUUAAAGGAGGAGCAAUUAUAUCAUAUUAUGUCUCUGAAUAAGACCAUUAAUAACGAUUCACACCUUACCGGAAACAGUCGCGAUCCUUUGACAAAUUUCGAAAUGAAUUUCAUGAAAGCUAAAUCCAGUUUUCUCGGUAUUGUUGGCAAAUAUUUAACAGCAUGUCAAGAACGUAAAAACUUGGAAAUGCAAUUUCCUAAAAACUAUGAAGAUUUUGAAGAUAAACUUUUGGAAAAAGUUAAAAUAUUUAGCAACGAUUUGGAUAGUGAACACAGCGAAGAAAUAAUGCGAAACUAUGUGGUUGAGUAUAAUUUUCUAAACUUUACCAAGGGUGAGAAUGAAUAUUUAACUCAGCAGAUUGAUAUUUUGAAAACUGAAUUAGAAACGGCCCAGAAAUAUUUGGAAAAUCACGAGGUCCUUCUCGGUUCAAUAAAACAAGUCUAUGGCGAAAUAAGUGCUUCGGUCAACAAAUUACAAUACGAUAUGAUGCAAUUGUCACAAAUCAAAGAUAAAAUAAUCUAUUCGAAAAAUAUCAUGAAACAUCAACUGGACGAUUUGCAAGCCAUGAUGGCCAACAACACCAUGGUCAAAUCAAAUUUCAAACCAACAAAAUUAAAAAUCACCCACAACAAUAACAUGUCCUUGGUGGGUGCUGAAAGUUUUGAGCUGACGAACGACAAUGUUUUCUGCAGUACGAAAUUAGAUUUUGACUCAACCAUCAGCUCUUUGAACAACACAACAUUACGUCGAAGUUUUGGUGGUGCUGGCGAUAUAACAUUGAUGUCGCCUCAGGCUCAGAAUACUGUUUUGCCAUCUCACACCUUGGAAUUGGCGACAUUUUGUGAAACACCAUUGGAGCACAUUUCUUGCUUGCGCAAAGAAAGUUUAUUUUAUUUGGCACCCAAUCCCUUGAUAACUGAAACAAGUGAACUGUCAUCAACGGUUCAAUUGGCUCCAGGCGUUUUACUUACACCAUUUGGCGCUUUGCAGGAAGUACGAAAUCGUAUUUUGUGGGCGGACUUAAUUGCACAACAUUCAAAUGAUUUGAAAUUGAAUUUGGACACAUUUUUGGUUGACCCGCAACAGUACAAGCAAAAAGCCAAGCAACAGCAUGACCGCAUUAUUGAAGUACUAGAUAAAAUUGAUGUUUGCUCCGUUAAUACCCUUCACAGUUUACAGAAAUUGGCUAAAUUUUAUGACUUCCUAAUUGAGAAUCCUUUGCGGCACUUCAUACCACCAACGAAAACGUUCAACAAUCAAACCUAUGCAGAUUAUGAAGGCGAACUUACCAUGUUUAUUCGUAUUGCAACCACUGGCAAUUCAAUCAAGUGAUGAUUGAAAAUGGCAAUUGGCAUUCUUCGGUGGAUGAGAUGAUGUAAUAAUAUAUCAAGCUAAUUACAAUAGAAUUCCAAUUGAAGUUAUGGACUCAAGUCUCGAUAGAAAAUUAAGUGGCACUUCAAAGAAAAUUGUUCAAUUUGCACAGGAGAGAUAAAAAGACAUUAUAGCUCAAAAUUAUUGCUCUCAAAUCAUUUGUUUAUUUUUUUGUGAUAUCUGUGUGUGUGUGUUUCUAAAUUUAAAUAAAAUGUAAAAAAUUA